AUGGAAGACGACACUAAGGUCAUCGAACCCAACGAAGAAACUCAACACCCAGAGAGCGAAAGCGAGGAAAGCGAGCAAGUCUCACAAGAGGAGAAACUGUCAACAAAAAAUGAGACAGUUACAACGCAGCCAAUCACCACUCAUGAGGAAAUCAUCAGUCGAAGUGGAUCGUCAGGAUCAAAGGAGCCCGCUCAACGAAAGUCAACGCCUGCAGCUUCAAAAACAGCACUCACCAUGCAACAGGAAGGUCAACUAAGACUAUUAACGUUUAAGGUAGAAACUCUGAUGGAGAUCUAUCAUGACCUCCCGCAGGACGUUGAAACCGAAGAGGACCUCACCCUAGAAGAACUAGACGGGCACAAGGGGAUAAUUGAGGCAGAAUGGAGCGAGUAUUUUCAGAUUUAUGCCAAUCUAGCCGAGUUUCUUCCCCCUGAUCACGAGUAUGUGAACGAAAGGAUCCAUGAACGAGCCACCAAAACAAGACGACAAGCCCUGAUGCUCAUUGCUCGGCUGAAGGGUCAACUGGCAAGGAAAAGGGAUUCAGUCAGCAGCUCAACAGAUCAAAGCCAGGCAAAUCAGCUGAAACGUCUUGACAUCAAGCCAUUCGAUGGGAAACCGGAAGAAUGGAAGGAGUUCAGUGACCUUUUCUUGUCACUGGUGGGAAAUGUCACGUCAAUUCCACCAGUACAGAAAUUGGUGAGACUUAAGGGAUGCCUGAGAGGUCCAGCAGCAGCUCUCCUCUCCACCUUUCAGGCCAAGGACGAAAACUACGACAAGGCUUGGCAGAAACUCACCAGGAAGUACGAAGACCCUAGACUCGUCGCUCAGUCGUUAUUCAACAGGAUCCUGACGCUGCCGAAAAUCACCCAAGCAACAGAAGAGAACCUCAGCGCCAACGGAGCAGCAGCAUUGGAGACCCUAGAUCAAUUACAAGACGUGACGGGGCUGACGACAGACAACAUCGCUGAACAGCUGAUAGCCCAUCUACUGAGGAGAUCUCUUGAUGCAGAGACACUCAAGCAAUGGGAACUAAAGCUGGGAGACUCAAAGGAUUUCCCGAGCCUUAAGGAGUUCGUGGCGUUCAUCGAGGCCUGCGGCAGAGGGAUCAACGCAGGUGCCAAGCUGCUAUCAUCAAAGGAACUCAACGCAGCUACGAAGAAGUCAGCUCCUAUAAAGAAAAGGAGCACCUAUACGGCAGCAACUCAACAGCAGGAAAUUAAGGAGCCAGAAAGACAACUUCCUAGGAACUGCUGUGCUUACUGUCAGGACAAGCAUUUUAUCGCAUCCUGUCAGAAGUUCAUCGAGCUCACCCCAGCGAAGAGAAACGACGUCGUUAUCAACAAGGGGCUGUGCUUCAACUGCUUGGGGCCACACACGAAGGCGAAGUGCACGUCGGAAAAGAAGUGCCACAAAUGUAGCAGAUAUCACCACACUCUCAUCCAUGGAGGGAGUUCAUGGACGAUGAGCCCGCCUCCAGCCAGACGCACUCAAGCUGAACCCGUCCAGACUGCUGGAACAUCCAGGCAGCCAGAAGAUCACGGGAACAGUGAGUGA